CGGCCGGAGGGGGCGGGGCCUGGGCCGCGGUUUUGUUCCGCUGGGGUCUCGGGGGCUUAGUCCCGGUGUGAGGAGCGCGGCUGGCGCCCCGCCCUACCCGGGCCUCCGCCCGGCCGCAGGUAGGAGCCCGGCGCCCGCCCGCACACCGCCAAGGGCCUCCAGGAGCCUGGGCCGCCGGAUCGCCGCGUCCCCGCGCGGUCAGCACCUGAGCCUCCGCACGUCCGGCCAGCGCCGCCCAAGAGAGAAGCAGAAAGUGUGGGGAGAUAUGAUGGUCCCUUGAGUCCCAAGAGCAGAUCCUCCCCAGCAACCUGUGGAAGGUGCCUCGGACUGUAUUCCUCUUGCUAGAUUGGAGGGUGUAGACAUUCAGCUCUGAAGAGUCCAUGGAAAUGGGUCAGCAUCUCUAAGUCAGAGCUAUAACCCUGAGAUUUAGCUCAGACUUGACAAUGGCUUGGGCCUGCUGAUGUCCGGUGUUCUGGAACUUCAGUGCCCAUAGAUGUGGACCUGGGAAGGGCCUCAACCAUGGUCACUCUCAUCACAGAAAAGCUGCAGAACCAGAGUUUAGAUGACCUCACCCGCAGGGCUUGUGAGGCUAGCCCGUAUUCUGCUGAGAAAUUGAAAAGUGGCUACUUGUUCCCUUUGGAGAUCGGCGUGGACAGGAGUCCCUGGAACACCUUACAUGGAGGAUGGUCCAUUGGAAGCCAGGCAGUAGCCUUAGGCCCCUUCCCCCUGGGCCCACAUGGUGUGUCUCACACUGAAGGUCCCAAGUGGCAGCCAGAGUCCCCAGGUCCUCGGCAUGUGGGCAGCUUCUUGGACGUCCAUGAAAACACAGGGCCACCUGCAGCACCACCAACCAAGCGGCACUGCCGGUCCCUCUCGGAACCAGAGGAGCUAGCCCGCUGCCACUCCCCAUGGCGCCCUGGCAGCUCCAAGGUGUGGACUCCCAUCUCCAAGAGGCGAUGCAACAGUGGUGGGAGUGCCACGCUGCAGUGUUGCAGCAGCUCCGGGAGCCCUGCCCUAUGGGGAAGUCUAGGCACAGGCCUGACCAGGAGUCCCGUGUCACUCGCUGGCCCCACGUCACCACCGACACCCCGGCCAGCCUCAGCCAGCAGUGGCUUUGUGGACAGCAGCGAGGGCAGCACAUGCUCAGGUCUGCCCUGGCGUUCUGCAGGGCCCUGUCCAUUUUUCUCCAGGCGCCGACUGUCCCUCUCACAGGAGCACCUUGUGGAUGCAGGCACGUGCCUGCCUUCAGCCAGCAGCACCCCCACAUCCACACCCCAGCUAGGCCGGCGCUAUGGCCUCCUCCGGUGCCGCUCACAGCCUUGUGUGCUAGAUGGGAGAAGGGGCCGGCGCAAGCGGAGACGGGAGGAGGACGCCAGAUGGACACGCCCAUCCUUGGACUUUCUGAAAAUGACACGGACAUUAAAAAAUUCAAAGAGCCUUUGCUCACUGGACUAUGAAGAUGAUGAUGAGGAUGACACCCAGGCGAAGACGGUCGUGUCCUCCCCGUGUGACUCACAGGGCCUUGUGGGCAUCAUCACACCUGGCUCUAGCCCAAGAAUUCCCAGGCCUUGCCCUGUCAGCCCCAGCCCAUGGGUUUCAAGGGAGCCAGAGGCCAGUAUGGGUGAGGGUGGGAGCAGUGGGGACACCAGUGACUGGGACAGUGCAGGAGAGGAGGGUGUCUUCCCACUGGACCACAGUGACCUGGACCUGGAGCAGAUUGAAAACAACUGACGCUUGGCUGAGCAGUAGCUGCCGUCGGUCGGUCACCUUGGUGCCUGACCAGUGGAGAUAAGUUUUGUGUUAUUUUGAACAUUGAGGCGUAAUUUUGAUUCAGUUUUUCCUAAAGAAGUAUUUUGCAUUUUUAUGGCUUUUACAGUUUGGGAGAGCUUCUCUAUUUUGAAAUGGGCUUCAGAGGGCAUUCUAUUAAACAUGAUGCUGCCUAGA